AUGGCGAUAGAAGAAUAUGACAGCAGCUGUGAUGUGGACAUUGAUGAGUUGGUUAAUUCCAUGAAGACGGAUUUAAAUCGCAGCAUGUCAUGGAUUGAGGAUCGCCAAAAGGUAAACAGGUGUUGCCUCAUAUGCAAAAUAGUGCAUCGUAUCCGCCAAACUGACAACAAUGCUUAUGAGCCGAGUGUUCUCUCAAUUGGCCCUUAUCACCAUUCAGAGUUGCCACUUCAAGCUAUGGAAACAGAGAAGUGGAUAUGUUUGGACUAUAUUCUUAAAUUAAACCGUGAAGUUAGUUUGCGGGAGUACUUGUGCUUGGUUUCAGGACUGGAGAAAGAAGCUAGAGGCUGUUACACUGAGGAGAUAUACAUGGAUAGUCGAGAGUUCCUGCAGAUGCUUCUGCUAGAUAGCUGUUUUAUUCUUGUGUACCUUGGUAGUAUCCACACACGAGAAGCUUCAGUUGAUGGUGAACAGAAGGAAAAUAUAAUGUACGAGAGGAAGAGGGAAGCAGCAGCCACGAGCCACGUGGAUGCUGUCCGCUGCCAAAGUAUGAGUGGACACUCUGCAGUGGACAUGGAACUAAAUCAAUUUGGUAAAGGGAAUGAGGAUAGUGAUAACCAGGGGGGUUAUAGCGGGGUUGUAGAAUGGUAUAACAGUUCUGCUGUCUAUGACCUACUUUUGCUGGAGAAUCAAAUUCCCUUCUUUAUUGUCAAGAUAAUUUAUCAGUUCUUCGCACAUGAUGCUGAAACUACUUUGUUACUUACAAAAAACAUUUCUGGAUUCAUGGAAGGCAUUAUUUACCACUUCCCGAAGGUAAUAAACGAGGCAAAUAGGCCGGAAGAUUUUUACCAUCUGUUACACCUGUGUCAUAAAUACCUGAAACCUAGUCACAAGCUGGAGUGUGAUCAUCAUGAAUACGCAAAGCCCCACUGUUUCCAGUUUAUAUUUGCUAUUAGUCGAAAGAUCUUCACUUUUGGACAGGAGCAAAACAAGUUCCAUGAGCUAAAUUGUUUAAAUUCAGUGCAACCUGUUAACCGGUGGCGUAGAGCUGUAGACUAUCAUGAAGCAGGAAUGCAGUUUAAGAAAAGGGAGUUUGAUGAAGACAACCCUCAUUCUCUGUUGGACAUUAGAUUCAGAAAGGGUGUCAUGGAAAUACCAUGUUUACCAAUCGAUGAUAAGUCUUCUUUGCUUUUCAGAAACCUUGUUGCUUUGGAGCAAACAUGUCCUCAAGUUGGCGAUGACAUCACUGCAUAUUGUGUGCUUAUGUCCCAGCUUACUAGUACAGCUGCUGAUGUAUCUCUUCUUGCUCAGAAAGGGAUUAUAGUACACCAGAUGGAAAGCGAUGAGGAUGUAUCGACUCUAUUCACUAAGCUUUUUGAGUAUGUAGUAUUUAACUUCAGUGGUGAACACUAUCUGAAAUCCCUAUGUUGCGCCAUGGAAGCACACUAUCAAAGUCGUAUUAAUAGGUGGAUGGCAUGGUUGUGGCACAAUCACUUCAGCAAUCCGUGGGUAGGUUUUGCCGCGAUAGCUUCUGCUUUCAUAAUUUUAUGCAGCAUUAUGCAAACUGUUCUUGCUUUCUUAUCAUACAUGGGAUAG